UGACAUGUUGUCUUCUUACAGAAGCUGAAGUUCGGUAAUAAAGUCUAGCUUCCUUCCACUCUCUCUCCAUCUCCUUCCAUUGUUCUUCCUCUUCUCUCCUCUCUCCUCCCGUCCUUGUAGGGUUUCGUUCAUUUCAUCACAGUCAAAUUUUUUUCUUCUUUCAUCUCAAUUCUAACAAUAAUGGAUUCCAAUUCAUGGAUCAACCAUCCUUCCGUCUUUUCAUCGAGACGGUGUCAAUCCAGAUCAGGUGGAGGGUACGAGGAUCUCAAAGGAGAAGACGAUUCGAAGUCGGAGUUCAUCUGCCCGUUUUGCGCAGAUGUUUUCGACAUCGUCGGGCUAUGUUGUCACAUUGAUGAAGAGCAUCCUGUCGAGGCCAAGAACGGGGUCUGUCCUGUAUGCACAAAGAGGGUGGGAUUAGAUAUCGUCGGCCAUAUAACAACGCAACAUGCGAACUUCUUUAAGGUGCAGCGAAGGACAAGGUUGAGAAAAGGUGGAUACAGCUCAGCUUAUCUCGCCUUGAAAAAAGAGCUACGUGAAGCAAACUUACAGUCUCUUCUUGGUGGAUCUUCAAGAUUCACUUCUCCAACCAAUAUAGAUUCUGAUCCGUUGCUGUCAUCCUUUAUUUUUAGCUCCCCUUCAGCUAACGAGCCUCCAAAAAAAUCUGCUACAUCUGUUGCUGAAGGAACCUUAGCUAUAAAACUCUCGCUAAAGGAAUCUCUCAAAAGGGAGAUUCAAGAAGCUCCACUUUCAGGUGAAGAUCAACAGAAGGCUAAAAAGAGCGAGUUUGUGCGAGGUUUAUUGUUAUCAACAAUCCUUAGAGAUGAUUUGAUGAUGCAUGCGUGAGUAAAUCUAAGGUUGAAAUUGUUAUAGAGUGGUCUCGGUGUAUGAUGGAAAAAAGCUUUUAAGUUAAGUUGAUGCUGAGUUAAAUCCAUAUAUUAUGCCUUGAGACUUUCAUCGAUUCAAAUAAAUGAGAGUUGGAUUAUUUUU